AUGGCUGCCUCCAACCCCACUACGGCGGCUCGUCCCCAGCGCCCGAUGUUGCAACAUACCUUGUCCAGCAAUUCCUUCAUCCUCGACCACCAACAGUACAAACCCGGGGUUCCUAUUACUCAAACGAUCAGCAAUGUGCUGGAUCAGCCUAACGAUGCGGCGUUGGCCUCGUUGUCGCUGAACAACUACAACCCGGUCAGCCCCGACCCCGAUCGCGUCACCGAGACCGGCGUCACGCAUAGUAUCUUUGGCCACCACGACAACCCUCUGCCUCAUGAUACGCCGCAGCUGGUCGCGACCAUCUUCUACAAGUCCUCCAACCCCAUCCACCCUCAUCUGCACCCGGAUUCCUCGCGCAAUGUGCGGUCCGGUGAUAAGCUUCCGUCCCCGAUGGUUCCCGUGGGCUCCGCCCCCACGGUAGACAUGGAGAAGAUUCCACGGGAGCCCCCUGCGCCAGAGCCUGAACCCCUCGACCAUCUGUAUGGGCCCUUCGUCUCGCAGCUGUGCUUGACGAAUUUCCUCCAGAUUAUCGAAUCUCUCCCGACCCCCUACCAGCGCAUGAACACCUCGCACCGCUGCCUCGACAAGCACGACCAGCCCCGGGUCGUGGAAGUGACCUUUUCCCCGCCCCCGAACCCCGACUAUCUCACCUUCACCGACCUGCGCAAGCACGAGAGCAUAUGGCGCUUCGAGCGCGAGUGGAAUGUGGAGGUGGUGCUGCAGAAGGAGAGCGUGUUCCGCCGGCACAAGCGCCUGGUGGUGUUCGACAUGGACAGCACGUUGAUCCAAAACGAGGUGAUCGAUGAGAUCGCCCGGUUCAUCGGUGUAGAAAAGCAAGUUUCGGAAAUCACCGAACGAGCCAUGAACGGUGAAAUCGACUUCUCCGAAUCGCUGCGAGAGCGUGUCGGUCUGCUCAACGGCGUUCCCGCGGACGUGUUCGAGAAGCUGAAGUCGGUACUGACCAUCUCUCCUGGUGCUCGGGAGCUCUGCAAGAGCUUGAAGAGCCUGGGUUGCAAGUUGGCCGUUUUGAGUGGAGGAUUCCAGCCGCUGGCCGAGUGGCUGGCCGAGGAGCUGGGCAUCGAUUACGCUCGCGCCAACCAUCUCGAAAUCGACCCCGUCACCCAGACCCUCACGGGCAAACUGGUCCCGACGUACCCCAUCAUUGACGCCGAGCAGAAGCGCUCGAUCCUCAAGUCCCUCGCAGCGGAACACAACAUUCCCAUUUCCCAGACGGUGGCUGUCGGCGACGGCGCCAACGACCUUCUCAUGCUGCACGCCGCCGGCCUGGGGGUCGCCUGGCGCGCCAAGAGCAUGGUCCAGCUGAAGGCACCGACCCGUCUGAACGGGGACAGCCUCCUGGACGUCCUCUACCUCCUGGGCAUGACCAAGGGUGACAUCAACGAGUUGACCAACGACUCGACAGACGGUCUGGCAUGA